CAGAUCCAGUUUGUCCUGAGGAAAGUGAUGGAGAGCGGGAUUACGGGCGCCGGGGGGUGAGUGGCAGAGAGCAGCUGGACGGGGAAUUGUAUAUGCGGCUGUAACACAAGAGGAGCUCUCCGUCAGCGACCAGAACGGCCUUGCGACAUUUCUCUUACAUGUGGUGCCAUUGCUGACAGCAUGACAUGGGAAGGGGUUUUCUUUGUUACUGAAUCAUGCCGUUAGUCAAGAGGAAUAUAGAACCCAGGCAUCUAUGCCGCGGAACAAUACCAGAUGGAAUUACCAGUGAAUUGGAAUGUGUUACCAAUAGCACUCUUGCUGCUAUCAUCCGACAGCUGAGUAGUCUAAGCAAACAUGCUGAAGACAUAUUUGGUGAGUUGUUUAACGAGGCAAAUGUUUUUUACAUCAGAGCAAAUUCUCUUCAAGACCGAAUUGAUCGCCUUGCUGUCAAAGUCACCCAGCUGGAUUCAACAGUGGAAGAGGUUUCAUUACAAGAUAUUAACAUGAAGAAGGCUUUCAAAAGUUCUACCACACAAGACCAGCAAGUGGUUUCACAGAGCAGUGUUCCAAAUCCUGUUAAAGACAUAUAUAACACCAGUGAUAAACCUCCUCCCUUGAACAUAUUGUCACCAUACAGAGAUGAUAAAAAAGAUGGAUUAAAGUUUUACACGGAUCCCUCUUACUUCUUUGACCUUUGGAAAGAAAAAAUGCUUCAGGAUACUGAAGAUAAAAGAAAAGAGAAAAGAAAGCAGAAGGAACAAAAGCGAGUAGAUGGCACAACUCGUGAGGUGAAAAAGGUUAGAAAAGCCAGGAACAGACGACAGGAAUGGAACAUUAUGCAGUAUGAUAAAGAGCUUAGACCUGACAACAGGUUGUCUCCUAAUGUCUACCAAGUCGCCUCUUCCGAGGGAUCACUAUCCCCUGAUACUAGAUCUCAUGUGUCCGAUGUUACAGAGUAUUCCUAUCCUGCAACUCCAAACCACUCACUUCACCAGCCUCCCACAACACCUACGUAUGUUGGAUCAGGAGAUUCGCAUCAUCACAGCUCCAGUCAGAUCAUUGAACAUGAUUACAGAUUAUCAUCUGGAACACUAAGACAUGGUACCUUAAGUAGACCUCAGCAGCCCCCUCCGCCCCCUCCACCAGCUGUGGAUGGACCUCAUUCAGUCCAUCUGGUAUCCUCUGAGUGCAGGAGAGUGCUACAAACUCAGAUGAUGGAAUUCUAUCCUCCAGGAUCGCCUCCCCCACCUCCUCCUGUUAUUCCCUCGGCUCAGACUGCUUUUGUUAGUCCUCUUCAGCAUCCUGUACCUUCUUCACCUGCAGCACAAAUCUCCAAUUCUUUAUAUGCACCAUCUCCCACUCCUAGUGGGCAUCUUAAUCUCCUUUCAUUGUUACAUGGUCCACCACCUCCUCCUGCAGGACCCCCGGCAUCUAUCUUAUCUCUCACCUCUUCCCCGGUACAUUUCACCAGAUUGAUAGAAGCCAAACGUCAUGAUGCAGCACAUACACUUGGACUGAGCAGUGAUGCCCGUAGUGAUCUCCUUUCUGCCAUUCGUAUGGGCAUUCAGCUGAAGAAAGUGCAAGAACAGCGUGAACAAGAAGCAAAGCGCGAACCGGUUGGGAAUGAUGUUGCAACCAUUCUGUCCCGGCGCAUAGCUGUUGAGUACAGCGAAUCGGAAGAUGACUCUGAGUUUGAUGAAAACGAUUGGUCUGACUGAUAACAGGACAACAUCUUAUAGUUUUUUCAAGAUUACAUUUAAUACUAACUUAGUGAAAUUGUUAAUGGCACCCGUGGCCUCUUACAAACGGUCAGUUUGAGAUUUGUUGGUAUAAAAGGCAUCCGAUAUCUACUUGCCUUCAAACGACCAGUUUAUAAUAACGUGUAGCUAAAUAUCUGACAUGAAGAAUGCCAGAUAAUCUCAGGGACACAAGGUGAAUAUAAUUGUUUUAAUAUAAAUAGUUUAGAUUGUAAUUAAUUCAGGCCCCUUGAGUUUUAGACUGUGAUUAGUUAUUUUAACAUUUAAAUACAGGUAACUUUUCUUAUACAUACAAUGGAUAGAGAUAUGUUUUGAAGCAUAUGCUGCAAAGCCAGCAAAUAUAAUAUUCCACUCGACUACAAAACUGCUGUCUUUGCACAAUGUUCAAUUUGUCUUAUCGCCUGCAUUUAUAAAUACAUGCUCACUUUUAGCUUAUUUGUGAGAGAGUUUAUAGUGUUACAGCAAUUUAAAAGCUAUAAAAAAAAAACGUUUUCAGUGUUUGAAAAGAAUGCACUGUGCGUUUUCCAAAAGCUGGUGUUUAAUAUCCUUAUAGGCUCUACAGUGUUUUAAACUGUGGUGUAUGGUAAUGAGCCAUUGUUUGUUUUUUACCCACUAUAGCUAUAUGGUGUUUGUCACCAAACGGUAGAAUAGAAUGAUCUAGGAUUUUGUAGGUAUUUUGUAAAUUUUCUUACAAAUGUGAACAAGCAGAGUUUUUAAACACAACCGAAUUGCUAGGGACAACACAUUUUUACAUUUUUGUUUUGUUUUGUUUUGUUAAAUGUUAAACUUUAUCCAAAAUCAGUGUCAUAGAAAGUGAUCUAGUGUCCUCUUUUUUUUAAAAUAUAGAAUUUUAGAGGUUGUAAUAACUUAUUAGAUGCCAUUACCUCUGGAAAUGUUUUGUGUUUGCUUAAGAUAUAAGAAUAGCUGCAGACUGUAAAAGCCUGUUGGAAAUGUUUGUUUUAGGAAGUCUAAGCUCUUUCUUAGGCUGGUGUAAACUCAUGCUGUAGUUAUCAGUUUGCACAACAACCAUGCUGUUGUUGGUCAUCACACCUACACUACAAGACAAGGUUUCACAAUAAUACUGUUUACAAAUUUGACAAAUGGCACAUAGUCUGUAUAGUCUGACAGCAUUUCGUACCCAAGGCUAGAGGCCACUGUAAUUAUAUUUUUAUUUGUCUUUCCACCUUCCCUUUUAUACUUCUACUCUAUUCCUCUCCAUAUGAAACACACAUUGAGUGUUUGCCAACUUUGCACAUAGUCAAUUACUAGAUUUGUCUUGUUUUUAGACGUCCUAUGAAGGUUUGUGACACACCUUGGCAAAGUAUUGCUCUUUUGAAGUUUGUUUAUAUGGAUGGAAGGCUAUAUUUUUGUUUCAGUGAAUAAAGUUAUAAUUUGGCUCUGCAAGGCUACAAAAUAAAUAAAAUGUGGCUCCUUGGUUGAAUCAUUUGGUCCUCCCUGGUCGAUAUUGUGGUGUGGAGUUUUAUUAAUUACUUAAAAUAUGACUUAAAUUAUACUGUGAAUGAACUGAAAUGUUGUGCCAGAUUAAACUCUUGUACAAACGUGUCUUUUUAGUAGUUCUCUAUUUUGUAUGUACGUAUCUAAGUAUAUGGAGAUUCAUUUCAGCCUUUGAUAGUUUGAGAGGAGGUCUCAGAUCAGAGAGUAGAUUGGUAGAGGAAGUGAAGUAGUAGGAAUGAGUGGCCACACAUUGUGGAGAGGAUGUAUACUGCCUACGGUUAGGACUGGAGUAUUAUAUAGGUUUCAGAUAGAAUUCAGAAAACAUGGAUAUUUUUAAUGUUUGCUUUAGAUUACAGGGAUGGAGAACCUUUGCCCUCCUGAUGUUUCAGAACUACAUUACCCAUGAUGCUUAGGCACUCUGAAGUCCAGUUGAGCAUCAUGGAAAAUGUGGUUUUGAAACAUCUUGAGGGCCAAGAAAACCUUGCUUUGUUUCUUUUUUUUUAGAUAUUAACCUAAUAAAUUCACCCCUUAUUUAAUCCUAAAAAAGAAAGUAAAUUAUUUGUCUAAAAACUCAAAUCACAUAGACUCAUCUAUCCAAAACAUCAGUUCUUCUCUCUUGAGAAGUGCUAUUUGACCAGCUCAACCACUGUUUGUUGCCAAGAUUAUUUUUCUUUUUCUUUCAAUGAAGAUGCUGAAGACCAAACUUGACAGCAGUCAUUUGUGAAGGUAUCUAGUACAUUUUAUCUUGCUUUGUUUGAGUGCAACAAAAGCCUCCUCUGCCGUCUUUCAUUGAACAUGUAGGUUUGCAUUAAAUCCAAGUGAAAAUCUUUAGAAUUGAACCGAAUCAAUGUACUAAAAUUAAAUAAUUUUAACAUAAAAUAUUGCAAGGCUAUGUACCGAUUUGUUUAAUAAAAAUUUUAACUCCA